GAUGGAGAUGGGGAUGAAGCGAAAGAGCUCCCUCGCAGUAUCGCGCUCAUGGAGCAAGCAGAAGUUGCUUUGGAGGCCUAGGAACAAGCAAAGGAGAAGGCCUCGUUUGAGUACACUGGGAAGCUCGCAGCUGAGACCAACAAAGUCAGUGGUAUUGCGUUGCAGUUUACGGAGCCUCCCGAGGCUCGCUAGCCCAGUGUCCGAUGGAGGCUCUACGUUUUCAAAGGAUGGUCGAUAUUUGCGGAUAUGGUACGCUAGAGGAGCUGCUGGAAAUGAUAACGUGGUCCCAGUUAGGCAUUCAUGAUAAGCCUGUCGGCCUGCUAAACGUUGAUGGUUACUACAAUCCGCUUCUCGCCCUGUUUGACAAGGGCACGGAGGAAGGAUUCAUCAAACCGUCGUCCAGGCAAAUUGUCAUUUCCGCAUCGACUGCGGGCGAGCUCCUUGAUAGACUAGAGGCUUAUGUUCCAAACCACGUCUCGGUUGCUCCAAAAGAGACGUGGGAGAUAGAACAAUUGGGGUACUCGGCGGCAUCGGCCCCCCCAAGCCAUACGCUGUGAGAAAAUGUUUAAACCAAUUCUUUUCUUUUUCAAGAUGACUAUGUGUUGACGCUUUGUAAA